AAAUACCUUAUCUUAUGAGCUCUAUCCAUAGUCUAUUCUGACUACAUACUUAGCCAUUCCUGUUUGUUGUUUGAGCGUUAUUCCUUCCUCAGUUGAUCAACUUGAGAUGGAUUCAGGUGUGUUUUCUGAACUACUCCAUGUGCCACUGCCAACGAGUUUCAUUUGGCCAAAGGAGUACAUGGAGGACGCACACGAAGAGCUCCAAGUACCAAUGGUGGACCUUAGUGGGUUUCUCAGAGGGGAUCAUGAAGCCACGCAACAUGCUGCGAUGCUCAUAAACGGAGCUUGCUUGAAUCAUGGCUUCUUCCAAGUGAUCAACCACGGAGUUGAUCCGUGCCUCAUUGGUGAAGCUUAUGAUCAGAUGGACAAGUUCUUUAAGCUCCCCAUUCACCAGAAAGUGAGCGUUUAUAAAACACCUGGUUCCAUGUGGGGAUAUUCCGGUGCGCACGCUGAUCGCUUCUCCUCAAAAUUGCCAUGGAAGGAGACAUUGUCUUUCCCCUACCAUGAACACACUUCAGAGCAUGUUGUCACGAACUACUUUAACUCAACCUUAGGGGAAGAUUUUGAACAAGCUGGGGUGACAUUCCAGAAAUACUGCAAAGCUAUGAAACAUUUGGGAAUGAAGCUGACAGAACUAUUGGCAAUAAGCUUAGGAGUGGAUCGGUUGCAUUACAAGGAGUUGUUUGAAGAAGGAUGCAAUAUCAUGAGAUGCAACUAUUACCCAUCUUGCCAGCAACCGAGCCUUGCACUCGGAACCGGACCGCAUUGUGACCCGACCGCCAUAACCAUACUUCACCAAGAUCAAGUUGGAGGGCUUGAUGUGUUUGCAGACAACAAAUGGCAGACGGUUCGGCCUUAUCCCAACGCCCUUGUCAUUAACAUUGGAGAUACCUUCACGGCCUUAUCGAAUGGGAGAUACAAGAGUUGCCUCCACAGGGCAGUAGUUAACCCGUAUAAAGAGAGGAGAUCCAUGACAUUCUUUGUAUGCCCAAAAGAUGAUAAGGUAGUGAAAGCCCCCGAGGAGAUUGUUCACAAAGAUGGGAAGAAACAAUAUCCCAAUUUUACAUGGUCGGAUUUGCUAGAAUUCACACAAAAGCACUAUAGAGCAGACGAGGCUACACUGCCAAACUUCACCAAAUGGUUGAUAUCCUCCGAACCCCAUGCCUAAUGUUAACACUGAAUGAUUAAUCACAAUCAAUUCUAAUUUGUUACAUUCCUUUUGGUGGCCAUUUACUUAAAUCUCCUUUACCUCUUUAGUUUGUAUCAGUUUACAUUUGUCUUUCAAUAAGACUAGUUUAUUGGUUUUAACUUUUAA